AUGAAUACCCACAUGGGGGAGAGGAAUUUCACAAGCAGAGAAAGUGACCCAACGAAAAAGGGGAAGGACAAAACAACUGUACACAUAAAGAACACAUAUAUUUCGCCAUAUGUCCUGUAUAACAACAAAAAAGGAAGCAACGAACAUGAGUUUGCAAAGCUCAACAACCUUUUAACGAAUGAAAAGAAUCGAGUGUUUAUUAAGCACAAAUUGAACUACUUCAAAGAUGGCAUUCACGAGAAAAAAAUAUUAAGAUACGCCUUAAUUAAUGAGCUAAAUUUAAAGUGCUUUGAAAAUAGGGGGAAUGCAUGCGAACUGAAUAGCAUCACCACCAUGAUUCGCAUGAACUCUGACUAUGGGAGCGAUAAAGAGCAGGGUGUGGCUGUGCGAGACGAAGCAGACUUGGUUGGCAAUAUAAAGGAGCUCACCAUUAUUCGGAGCGAGGACAUAAUACGUGGUGGGGAUAUCAUCCGCAGCGAGGAGUUCAUCAGCAGAAAGGAUAUGCUACACCGUGGGGAUGUGAUAUGUCGCGAGGGAGGCACUAACAAUGAAAAGACAAAUGAUACCUCAGAAAAAAGGGGAGCCCCCUUUAAGACAAGCACUAGUAACGAAAAGGAAUGUGAUUACAUUGGUUAUAGUAAAUAUUACGGGGAUAGCACGGAUGUACCCAAUUCGCUGUGUUACAUUCCGACGGGAAGCACGUGUUGUUCAGGUGGUACCAGAACAGUCAAUGUGUCCCUAGCAGAGGGUACAAACAAAGCUGACGUACAAAGGAUAAGUAAUAGCAAUCGCCUGAACAUGUGCUGUGGGAAACGUAGUCAUCACACGACGAGCAGCACAAAUGAUGUAGUGUACAAAUGUGAAGACUCAAUUCCAUUGGGAACAAUUCUCAAUUUUCACAACCUUGAUAAUAAUAACACAAAUAUUCUAACUACGGUGAUGUUGAGAAAUAUUCCCAACAAGUACACACAGAAAAUGCUCAUGAAUGUAAUGAACGAACACUUCAAAGGAUUGUAUGAUUUUUUUUACCUUCCAAUUGAUUUCCGCAAUAAGUGUAACGUUGGCUAUGCGUUUAUCAAUUUUAUACAUCCCUAUUAUGCUGAACUGUUCAUACGAUUUUUUAAUAAUUACAAACUGAAUGUAUUUAAAAGCAACAAAGUGUGCAGUGUUACUUGGGGAAGAGUACAAGGGCUGAAGGCUAACAUUGAACACUACAGGAAUUCUGCUAUCAUGACUAUUCCCAUCCCUCAGUAUAAGCCCAUGCUCUUUCAAAAUGGGAUUUCCGUCUCUUGGCCCGAGUCCGAUGGGCCUUUACCGGCCAUUAAACUACGUUCGCAGAAGUACUGA